CCUUACCCACAGAAAAUCCAUGUGUCGUCUACUGCCGGUUUGUCGCUCAGAGAGAGAGAGAGAGAGAGAGAGGAGGAGCGAGAGGAGGCGCAUGGAGUAAGAAACGGGAAUCCCCUCUGCUCCUCCAAUGGAUUUAGUUCUCUCGACCUUCGCUUCUCCUCGAAUUCCCACUCUCGCACAUUCUUCUCGCCCCAGUAUCAAUCCCCUCGGCCCACCACCUCUGUCAGAUACUCAACAGAGCUUCAAACUCUUUCUUUCUCCGCAUUCGAGUUUGGGUUUUGCCACUUCUUCUAUAUCAACGCUUAACGUGAGCCCAACCUUCAGGGGCCACCAUGGGAGAGCUCGUCGAACUGUUCUGGCCAGUACUCAAAUUGGAGUUGGUGGACCUGAUCCCUCAUUGAAUAAACUUUCAGAGUUUAGAGAUGCAUGUUGGAGAUUUCUAAGGCCUCAUACAAUUCGAGGUACUGCACUUGGGUCGACGGCUUUGGUUGCUCGGGCCCUGAUUGAGAACUCACAGCUGAUUGAUUGGUCAUUGCUACUUAAGGCACUCUGUGGACUAUUUGCUCUCUUAUGUGGAAAUGGAUAUAUAGUUGGAAUUAAUCAAAUAUACGAUAUUGGGAUUGACAAGGUAAACAAACCUUUCCUACCUAUAGCUGCUGGGGAUCUGUCAGUUAAGUCAGCAUGGUUGCUAGUUAUAUUUUUUGCCUCAGCCGGUCUUCUGAUUGUCGGAAUGAACUUUGGUCCAUUCAUCACGGCACUCUACACUUUUGGCCUUUUCCUUGGCACUAUCUAUUCUGUUCCACCAUUUAGAAUGAAGAGGUUUCCUGUUGCCGCAUUUCUUAUCAUUGCUACUGUACGCGGUUUCCUUCUAAACUUUGGCGUAUAUUAUGCUACUAGGGCUUCUCUCGGUCUCCCAUUUGAGUGGAGUUUGCCUAUAGUUUUCAUCACAACUUUUGUAACAUUGUUUGCUUUGGUGAUUGCCAUAACGAAGGAUCUUCCUGAUGUUGAGGGAGAUCGCAAGUUCAAGAUAUCAACCUUGGCAACCACACUUGGUGUUAGGAAUGUUGCAUUUUUAGGUUCUGGUCUUCUGUUGGUAAAUUACGUUGGUGCCAUUUUGGCUGCAGCUUACAUGCCUCAGGCUUUCAGGCGAAAUUUGAUGAUAGCAACUCACUCCAUAUUAGGACUGUCUUUGAUAUUUCAGUCAUGGGUGUUGGAAAAGGCAAAUUAUACCAAGGAAUCAAUAUCAAGUUUCUAUCGUUUUAUCUGGAACCUAUUCUAUGCUGAAUAUAUCAUUUUCCCUUUUAUUUAGCAUGGGAUCACAGUUGUAUAAUUUGAUGGAAAACAACAUCUUUUUGUAUCCCUUUUUUUUUUCUUUUUGGAAUUUUUUUUUACGCAUGGACUGGAAACUACAUAAUUUGGGAAGCGCGAAGUGUUUGUUAAUGCCCAGUUGAAAUUUGUUGUAACAAAUUGCUUCAUGAUUGAAAACAUCUGAAUCACCA